AUGACGAGCGGUACCGACAGGCUGACGAGUACCUGCGUGUGCUUUACAAGUACGCAUCCAUAUCCUUCUUCGAAUGAAAGUAAGCUGGACACUUACAAUGGAUGCAGGCUCUGGGAAGGUUCAUGGGCCGAUGAUGCCGUCUCCCCAGACCCCGACAACGACUCAUACAUUGACCCCGACAAAGUCCGCCAGAUCAACCACAAGGGCAAGUACUUCUCUCUCAACACCAGACACAUCGUCGACCCGUCUCCGCAACGGACACCCUUCCUCUUCCAGGCAGGCACAUCGCCGGCAGGGUCCAACUUCGCCGCAACCCACGCCGAGGCGAUAUUCGUCUCCUCGCACUCCACGACAAUCCUCAGACCCAAAAUCGACAACAUCCGCAAACUAGCUGCAGAGAAAGGACGAGACCCUCGCUCUCUCAAGUUCUUCGCCACCUUCACGCCCGUCCUCGGACGGACGGACGAGGAAGCCCGCGCCAAAUACGAGGAACUGAAAAAAUACGCCUCUGUCGUCGGCGGCCUCGUCCUCUUCAGCGGCUGGACAGGCAUCGAUAUCUCCAAGAUCCCGCUUGAUCAGGAUAUCACCGCCGCUGAUUCCGCGGAGGCGCAUAAGAUCACCAGUCUCCUGGAUGCAUUCACCACCACCAGUGAGAACGUGCCCCGGUGGACUCCGCGGGUUGUAGCCGAAAAGGCUUCCAUCGGGGGUUUGGGUCCCGUUGCCGUUGGGAGUCCCGCUACCGUAGCUGAUGAACUGGAGCGCUGGGUCAGGGAAGCCGAUAUAGACGGGUUCAAUCUGGCGUAUGUGACUACCCCGGGGACAUUUGAGGAUGUCGUGGAUCUUCUCGUUCCCGAGUUGAGACGACGCGGCGUGUAUCCCGAGCGGCCGGCGGAGCAGCUUACUGCCAGAGAGAAGGUGUAUGGGAAAGGUCAGAAGGGGUUGAGGGCGGAUCAUACGGGGAGCCAGUACAAGUACGACGUUUACCAGGAGGAGCCGCCGUACGUUGAGGAAUCAGAGAAACCGGAGGGGAAACUCGAGGAGAAGGGUAAUUAG